AUGGCGGCGGCCGCCACCGCCGCCAGCCCCGGCAGUCCCGCCGCCGGGCCCCUGCCGCCGCCGGCGGAGCCCUGCCCCAGGAAAGCGCCGCAGCCGCCGCCGGGGCCGCCGCAGCCGCCGCCGCCGGCGCGCAGCGACCCCCGGCGCAGGCAGGCCGCGCUCUCCUUCCUCACCAGCAUCUCCCUCGACGGGCGGCCCCCGCCGCCGGGCAACGACGGCCCCGCCGCCCGGCCCCGCCAGGCGCAGCCGCCGCCGCGGCUGGGCAGCCCCCCGGCGGCGCCCGCCGAGCCCCCGGAGGAGGAGGAAGACGAGGAGGAGGAGGAGGACGCGUUCGCCGCGGUGCAGGUGCCGCCCGCCGCCUUCCUGGGCGCCGCGGCGCCGGGCAGCCGCGGCCGCCUCAACUCCUUCACGGCGGGGGUGCUGCCGGCGCCCUUCGGCCGCACCAGCCCCCAGGGCGGCGGCGCCGGAGAGCCGGGGCAGCCCGGCCCCGCCGCCGCCUUCGAGCUGCAGCGGUCCCGACGUCGGCUGAUCUCCCAGCGAUCUUCUCUGGAGACUCUGGAGGACAUCGAGGAAAAUGCCCCACUGCGGAGAUGUCGGACACUCUCAGGAUCACCCAGACCAAAGAACUUUAAGAAGGUUCAUUUUAUCAAGAACAUGCGGCAACACGAUACCAGAAACGGCAGAAUAGUCCUUAUCAGCAGCAGAAGAUCCUUCUGUAGCAUAUUUUCAGUGCUGCCAUAUCGAGACUGUACCCAAGUCGGGGACAUGAAGCUGGAUGGUGGACGCCAGUGCCAUUCUACUGGAGUGUGUCUGAAAGAGAUAAUUGGUCUUGAAGGUGUGGAGCUCGGAGCAGAUGGGAAGACUGUUUCUUAUACACAGUUCCUAUUCCCCACCAAUGCUCUGGGAACUCGGAGGAACACGAUAGAUUCCACCUCAUCUUUCUCCCAAUUUCGCAAUGCAAGCCAUCGUAGCCUUUCUUUGGGAAGAGCUAACAGCACCCAGGGGAGCAUUGAUGCAGGUAGCGACCUGGGAGACUUUGUUGAAUACGACCCAAAUCUUUUAGAUGAUCCCCAGUGGCCAUGUGGCAAACACAAGCGGGUUUUAAUAUUUCCUUCAUAUAUGACCACGGUCAUAGACUACGUGAAGCCAUCAGAUCUGAAGAAGGACAUGAACGAGACCUUUAAAGAGAAGUUCCCUCACAUCAAGCUCACCCUCAGUAAAAUAAGAAGCUUGAAGAGGGAAAUGCGCAAGCUUGCUCAAGAAGAAUGUGGUUUUGAAGAGCCCACAGUGGCCAUGGCCUUUGUCUACUUUGAGAAGCUCGCUCUCAAGGGGAAGCUGAACAAGCAGAAUAGAAAGCUUUGUGCUGGAGCUUGUGUUCUUUUAGCAGCCAAAAUUGGCAGUGACCUCAGAAAACAUGAAGUCAAGCAUCUUAUAGAUAAACUGGAAGAGAAGUUCCGGCUGAACAGGCGAGAGCUGAUUGCCUUCGAGUUCCCGGUGCUGGUGGCCUUGGAGUUUGCUCUCCACCUUCCCGAGCACGAAGUGAUGCCUCACUACAGACGCUUGGUGCAGAACUCCUAGCGCUGGCUGCCCUGCGGGGAAGGGGCUCCCGACUGUUCCCGCUCGGCUCUCCCGAGCCGCAGUUACUACUGGAAAUGCAAAAUCAGACUCCUAACACUUCACUCUCUCUCCCCCCGCCCCUAAACAGUUUUUCUGGCUACAGGAAAUACUGCAUCGACUCUUGGCUUUGACGAAUUUGUGUAUCGUUAUUUUCUCAAAGCAGGUGAAGACUGAGUUGUUGGUAAAUAGUUCACGUGCUGAAACUGGGUGGCAACUGACCCUACCUGUAGGGACUACAGCUAUAAACUAGGCAAAAAUUAGAAGGGCAGCCUCCACGACCACCCCUCUCUCCAUCACACAAACCCUGGAAGCCCACUGAGUGCAUUCUCGUAGCGCUUUUUCUACAGACCUGCUGCAAAUUCCAAGAGGACUCCUUAAAGUGAAAAAGCUUUUAAAGAAGAUAUCUUCACUGUGUCAAAAAGAAUGUGCCAAUCUAUUUUUGUAUCAGCAAUUGAAAGUGCACUUUUUCCUGUGGGGUAUUUGUGUGCGUAUCCGUGUGUGUGUGUGCGUGUGCGACAGCGAACUGAUCUCGGUCUGGGUGGUUGGCUUAGCUGUUUCCAAGUGUAUCAGUUACUGAUGGUGAAGAUCAAGGUGACCUUACACGUUUACUCCUUGAAAAAUGUUAACUACUGGAAAAGUGGUAAAUGGGAUCAUUUUUGGACCCUUGGGUUUUUUUUAUUCUCUGAUCUUUCCAACAUUGUACCUUUGAAAGGAUUACACUACUACUACUGCGAGAGGAGGAUCAGCAACUGACCUUAAGUUUUCAGUCAUGUUUGCGGUAAAGAUGAAAGCAUUAGUAUAAGAUUUCCAUGUCAUGUUUUUUAAAAAUAUCUUGUGUUAAGCCACAUGCAUAUUUUUAACCUUCGCACUUUUCCCACUGUGGAGAUGGUUAGACUUGCACUCUGUAGUGUUGUAUUUCUGUGCUCUAUGUUAGAGUGCGUAAUAAGCACAUUUAUUGUGCUCUAUCUUAAAACAGUGUUUUAUUAAAAAUAAUAAUUAAAAAAAAGAGUAGGGCUCAGCACUAUAACGGGUGUCUUAAGGCUCCAACAGCAGGGGCAUCACACAUUAUAGUUUUGGGGUUUUAAUUAGGAUUGACUGCAAAACCUAAAAUCUGUGCCCUUUGAGAUUCAGUUCCUUUAGACAUUGCAGUACUGGAGUUUUAUGGUAAAACUUCUUGCAGCUUCCCUGGUUCUGACUGGACACCCAGAAAGCUUAAAGGCUUUAUCCAAGCUCCUGAUGCUGUAUCCACACUAUGCUAAUGCCAUGCUGAUGGACAUUGUUCAAUUGCAGUUUUCAUGUGGGAUUCCACCCCUGUCCAAUCUUCUCCUGUGCUGGUUCACUUAACAAGCCUUGCCCUCAACGUGCCCCACAUGGAUCAAAAGCUAAAGUCAAGUUAUUACAUUUGUGGUAAUUAUAAAAUAAAUAAUAGUCUCAACUGUGAGAUUUCAGCU